AUGACCACGUACUUCACUUUCAUCGCGGUUAUUUGCAUGGGACACCUCAGAGACUUCGUCGGAAAGGUUUUCCGGCGGUCGCGAUAUCUGGACGACUUCCAAGCGAAGGAGGGCUACGCCCCGCUCUUCAAGAGCUUCGAGAACUUCUUCACCCGCAGAUUGUACCACCGCAUCCAGCACUGCUGGAACCGACCCGUCUGCAGCUCGCCGGGCGCACACAUCGAGGUCAUCGAGCGGGAGAGCAAGGACGGGAUGAAAACCCUCCAGCGGACCGACCGUACGAAGCGAAUGCUCAACCUGGGUUCCUACAACUACCUGGGCUUCGCCGACGACUGGGGGGCAACUUGCAGGAGCGGGGUGAUGCCGGUGCUCGACACCCUGCCGGUGGCUUGCUCGAUCAACCGCAAGGAUUUCGGAACAACGUCGUCGCACGUGGAGCUGGAGCAGCUCGUGGCGAGAUUUCUUGGCAAGGAGGACUGCGUGGUGUUUAACAUGGGGUACGGGACUAACGCCACGACCAUCCCGGCCCUGUGCAGUGCUGGUACCUUGGUGGUGAGCGACUGCCUGAACCACAUGUCCAUCGUCAGCGGCUGCAGGGCCGCCGGCGCGCACAUCCGAGUGUUCAAGCACAACGACGCUGAGGACCUGGAAUCGGUGCUGCGAGAGGCGAUCGUGAUGGGCAUGCCGAGGACCCGCCGGCCGUGGAAGAAGGUUCUCGUGGUGGUAGAGGGUAUCUACAGCAUGGAGGGCGAGGUCGCUGACCUCGCGCCAAUCGUCAAGGUCGCCAAGAAGCACAAGGCGUACGUUUACCUCGACGAGGCGCACAGCAUCGGAGCCCUGGGCAAGACGGGGCGGGGAGCCUGCGAGUACUGCGGCGUGGACACGAAGGACGUGGACGUGAUGAUGGGGACGUUCACCAAGUCCUUCGGUGGCAUGGGCGGCUACAUCGCGGGAUCGAAGGAGCUGAUCAACCACCUACGGACUCGGUGUGCCGGCAUCGUGUACCACAACGCGCUGUCGCCGGUCGUGGCCGCACAGGUGGUCACCGCCCUCCGCAUCAUCAUGGGAGAGGACGGAACCGACAUCGGAGCAACCAAGCUCCGGGCUCUCCGGGAGAACAGCAACUUCGUCCGGAGGAAGCUGGAGGACAUGGGAAUGCACGUGCUGGGGGAUUACAACUCGCCGGUCAUCCCCGCUCUCAUCUAUGUGCCCGCUAAGCUGUCGGCCUUCUCCAAGGACUGCUACGACAGAGGGAUGGCGGUGGUGGUGGUCGGGUUCCCAGCGACGCCUCUCCUCGCUGGCCGCACGCGCAUCUGCAUCUCGGCUGGGCACUCCAGGGAAGACCUGGAGUACGCGGUGGAGAAACUGGACGAGGUAGCCGAGAAGUGCUUCCUCCGUUACGGCCGCAACGCCAUGGGAUCGUGA